UGCAGCCAUAGCACAUACUAGGUCCUUUCCAAGCUCGGGAACCUUAGAGCGCUGUGUUGUUUCUUUCGGACAUAUUUAUAAACGGACCACCCUUCCAAGAUGGCGCUCUCCAUAGUGCAUCAAGGUGUGAGAGGUUGCAACUCGUUGUGAAGCUGGAUUCCGCUCAAAGACGGCCAAAUGGGUCUUUGCAGCAAGACCUGGAGGAGGCUGUUUCGUGGGAGCUAUUGCUGCAGACCUGCUGUGGGGAUCCAGGCUUUGGGGGAACAUAAACUCGCUGCAUGUGUUGCAAGGAAGAGGAGCAGGGAUAAACCAGGACAGUUACUAGAUGACAGUGCACAGCCUCGGGAUACAGUCACGUUAAAGCUGCCACAAUGUAGGAGGGAAGAAGAGACGGAGAUAACACCCAGGGUUAAUGAACUGUGUAAUGAGAGCAGGAAUCUGAAUGGUGAAUUGAGAAAAACUCCACAGAGUACUCUUACAAACGUUUUCAGAUCUUGGGAGUGGACUCCUAUUAGUAGUAGCUGUUCUCCACUCUGGAGGAAGACUAAACGAUCAUGCACUGAAGACUGUGGUGGGGCUGUGGUCUUCAGGGAACAUAGGAUACACCCUACAUAUACCUGGAUUAAAAAGAGAAAACUUGUCGAAAUAGUGAAAGGAAACCAUUUAUUGUCUUUAUACAAGCAGAGACUCCCUGUAGAUAACAACAUCUGUUCUUCCAGGUUUUACUCCCAGAUUCAUGAUGUAGCAAAUAGAGCUGAGGGUUCCACAGUCAGAACCAAACCACCUUGGAAUGUUAUGUUCUUUGGAACUGAUGAGUUUGCCAUGGAGUCAUUGAAGGGUUUAAACAACUCCAGGUAUACUUUCUAGGUUGACUUGAGAUGCAAGAUAUGUCCACAAUAAUUGUAACAGUGGUAUAUAAUUUUGUUCAGUUUUGAUCUUUUAUUGGUGCAAAGGUUAAUCAUCAGUAAGCAAACUUAUCUUACACAAUUUACAAUUGACUUGCUCACUUUUUUUUUUAGAACCUGUUUUCAAGAUUAAUCCGUUGUAAAUAAUAGAAUAAAAUCUAAGGGAUUUCUUCACUAACGUCCAAAUUGUAGAAAAUGUAAAUCUGUAUGGGAAAAUUUAAGCUAAAAUAGUUAAGCUGUUACUAUCUGGGUUUGAGAAUGUUACAGAUCAUUUACCUAAAUUUGAUAUCAAUUCACUACAAUUUAGACUUCAAUGAAUAAACAUUUCAAUAUCUGAUGUGUUUCGGAAAUAACAAAAUCCUGUAUUUGUAAAGUUAGCUACAUAAUGCUGAAAAUAACAUUUCAUACAUUGUCUUUUGUUGGUUUAGGAAUGAGACACAGGAUCCAGUAGUUGGGAGGCUAGAGGUAGUUACGUUGCCGUCUUCUCUGCCAAAGGGAGUUCCUGUAAAAAACUAUGCAGCAGGCCAUGGAAUUACAGUACAUGAAUGGCCCCAAACGGGCAGUUGUGAUCAAUUUGAUGUUGGUGUAGUGGCAUCCUUUGGACGACUUCUCAGUGAGGAACUUAUUUUAAAAUUUCCCUAGUAAGUCCAUUUUGAUUUUUGUAUUUAGGUUAAUAGGCUUUUCUUUACAAGCCCGGUCUCACCAUACAUGUUUGUUUUAGUGGCAUAUUGAAUGUGCAUCCCAGUUGCCUACCCAGGUGGCGUGGCCCAGCUCCAAUAGUACAUACAGUGCUGAAUGGGGAUGAGAACACUGCUGUCACAGUUAUGCAGAUAAGACCAAAAAGGUACAUUUGUUUCAUGACCAUGUUUAUGUUUGCAAUCCACAAAAUUCAAACUAUAACAUCUAGGAUAUUAUCAAGAUAAAAUGCACAAACUUUAAUUGAUUGUAUCUGUUUAGCAAGUCGAAAGUGAUAGCUCACCAUGCACUUACUUGCAGUCAUGUAUGGGUAAUUCUUUUAUUAUUUUCUAAAACCUUGCUUUCAGCACAUAUUAUUGAUUUGGUACUAUGUCUCUUUAAAAUAUCCAUAUAUGAGGAAAGAGGAUUUUUUUUAUUUUUUAGAGCUCUAUUUUAUAUAAUUAUGUUAAGUGCAAAUCUGUCUGUUUUGUACUAAUUGUUAAUAAAUGGGCACUAUUUUAUUUAGAUUUGAUGUGGGACCUAUAGUGAUGCAGAAGAAGUUUCCUGUUCCUUCAAUGUGCACUUCUAAGGACCUAGAAGCUGUCCUGUCUAAACAUGGCUCUGAAAUGGUAGUUGAAAAAAUAUUAAUUAUGGAAUUCUAGAACAUAAGCAUUGACAACCCUAAGUAAUUUUUUUUCCCCUUGCUUCCAUAGCUAAUUUCUGUUCUGAAGAACUUACCCAAGUGCUUAAAGUAUAGCACUGAGCAGCCAACAGAAGGAGCAACAUUCGGUAUAUUUUAUUUAUUUAAAAAUGUAAUACAUAUUAUACUCCAAAAUCUCUUGCUUCUGGUGGUGGAAUAGCACACAGCUUUCCAAGUAUCACUGUUGUCCAGAUUUCCACUUGAUAACGUGAAAGUGCCUUUUCCACAUUAUCAGCAUGCUGCAGAAGUGGGCAGGCUAUUAGUGUCAGAGAGAACCCCAGUUUUAGUCAUAUAUCACUUUGAAAAAGUUGUACAGAAAAUUAGGGGAAAUGCUCAUAGAACAAUUUCAUCAUAAUCACUACAACGAGCUACAGUGGUUAUGGUGUAUAGAGUGCUUCAUUAAAAUGUAGAUAUAUCUUGUGUACAGUUAUUAGACCUGUUGCAACAUACUGAAACUACAAAGUAAGUGUAAAUCUUACAAAACAAAAUCAUAGAAUUAAACAGCACUGUACUGUAGAACAGGGAAACAUGGUUUAAACAAGUUGACAUACAGUUAAGCAAGCUUUACGUGAAAUGCAGGGAUGUUACUAGGUGACAUAAAGACCAAGGGCUUUAGUCCAACAGGACCUGCACUUUCAAGCUUACAACUGAGGCUCUAGUGUGAAGUAGGUGGUGUUUGUGACAAAAUGUAAGGUAUUACUCAGCAAAGGAUGAUCCACUUAGUUAUGGCUAAGAUGGGACCAUGCAAAGCAGUCACUUGCCUGCAUGUUUUGUGUAGCAGACUCUCUAUGGUGGUAGGUGGUAUUUUAAAAUGGUACAUUGGUAACUAAUUAGUAUAACUUGGCAAACUAGACCUAAUGCCUGCUUUAUAUGGGAAAUAUAGGUGUAAAGUUAGUAUGAAUUUCACUAUUUUGUUAAAACAAUUGAAAAUGUAAGACCCUAAAACAAAUCUGUUGUUUUCCAAGAAACAUAAUCCAAAUACAGCUUUAAUUUUGGACUGCUAUGGCAUUUUCCAAACUCCUAAUUGUGAGGUGUUAUCAGGGCCAGAUUAAGAGCAUAGUGGGCCUGGUGAUGACAAUUAUGAUGGGCCUAAUUACAUAGUCUUAUCGACCAAUAACACGAAAACAGUCCUACCUCCCAAGCGUCAUGUAUCUGAUGGAGAUGGUGCUGGAGGAAAACUCAUAGGAUGCAGCUAUGAGAAAAAACAUACCCUAUGUUUAUCUCAUGCUUUCAUGUAAAUUCAUACACUCUAACAGCAGUGUCUAGUGAAGCAGGAAGUCUAUGGACAGGAUAAAAGGGUGGGCCACUGGCGCAAAUCACGUAACCACAACUGCCGAAAGGGGCGAACAUAUCCAAAAAGGGGGCAUGUCUAUGUCUCCCAAUGUUCCUUAGUGUCUAUGUCACUGUCACUAGGGGACACUGAGAGACAUGGGAACACUGGGUGACUUUGAGAUAGGAAGGGACACUGGGAGCCAUGGGGCACUGAGACACUAUGAUACAUAGGGGUCACUGGAGACUUGAUAAAGACCUGGGUACAGGUCAAAACAUUGCGGUGUCCAAUAAACCUGCUUAAAUCUAUCACAGUGAGUGUCUGAGAUGUUUUCUUUAAUACUAGGGGACACAGACACUUGGGGGCACUAGGAUUCUAGGUGACACCAAGACACCAGGGACACUGGGAGACCUGGAGCACUGAGACAUGGGGGACACUGGAGACUUGAUAAAGACCUGGGUAGAGGUCGACACGUUGCGUUGUCCAAUAAACCUGCUUAAAUCUAUCACAAUGAGUGCCUGAGGUUUUUUCUUUUAUAUUAGGUGACUCUGGGAGACUAGGAAACACUGAGACACUGGCACACUAUGGAAGCUGAGCGACAUGGGGACACUGGCUGGGAGACAUUGGGAAACUGGGACUGCCCCAUGUCUCCCAGGUCUCAAAGUCGCCCAGUGUCCUAUAGUGUCUCUUAGUCUGUGUCCCCAUGUCACUAGGGAACACUGUGAGACAUGGGGUGUCCCAGUGUACCCAAGUUUCUAACCGUCCUCUAGUGUCCCCUAAUGUCCCCAAGUGUCCCUAUGUGUCUUUGUCUCAGUGUUCCCCAAGUGUCCCUUUGUCUCCCAGUGUCCCCAUGUCUCCCUGCAGCCUUUCCCCUCCCAUCCCUCACUUAACUGAGCUGUAGGCUGUCUCUGCAAGCUUGGAGCUGCUGUCUGGACUGUCUGUGCUGAGCUGCUCCCCUGUGGAUCAGUUAGUAGAGAGAGGGAGAUGCUGUAACUUCCUAUUCCUGCACACACAGCGACCCCUACUGGCGGGAGCUGAUAUUGCAGAAUAAUCUGUUUACACUGACAUUUGUAUUGCUGGUAUUACUGCAAUACCGGCACCGGCUAGGCAGCCUCAAAUACCGGAGAAAUGGCAGCCAGGUGUAAGGAAGUGUGUAAAAUAAAAAAAGGGGGGGGAAUUUUUAUUUUAUAUCAAUGGGCCUAUUCCAUGUGCCUGGAGCUGCAGUUCCAUCAGCCUCUAUGUUAAUCUGGCCCUGUGUGUUAUUCAUGUUGUCCUACUUUAUCUUUUCUGACUUAUCUCUUCUAGCAUGCCAACUUAUUUUUUUAUGGGCAUACUCUAUUUACUAUAAUUUUCCUUAUGAUAUAUAUGCAUUCUUCACUGGAUUUUUUUUUGUCCUCUCAUUUAUAUUGUAGCCCCCAAAGUUUCUGCACCCAUGAGCUGCGUGAGGUGGGAAGAACAGCGCCCAGAGGACAUUUUACGCCUAGAGCGUGCGAUUGGAUUUGCAGUAAGGAACCAACAGUAUAUGACAUCAAUGUUCUCUGAUACAACUGUAUGGUUAUUCAAGACUGACAAAGGAUCAACCAAUGUCCUACAUACCAGCUUGAUUAGUUGCAUUAGGUUAUUUUACUGGCUCUUAUACGCUUAAAAGAACACUGUGGAAAGGAGUGAUCAAGCCUUAAAGUUCAGAUAAAGAUGCUGCAAUUCUCUACCCUGUUUACUUUUAUAGAGCACAAAAUAGACAAAAAAAAAACACACCAUAUAUAUAUAUAUAUUACACCCCCCAUUCCUCCUGGACUUUUCUCAAGACAAGUGCCAAGUGCCAGAUAACUUAUAUAUAUACACACAAGCUGUGAGAUAAUCUGUGGGUGAAUAGGUGAGAGCAAGACUGGUGAUGUCAGAGAUGUCGUUGUCAUACCAAAUUUAACCAUGUGAGUGUAGGUAAGAAAAAAAAAUAUACAAAGAAACAAUUAGCUCUAUAAGAUAUAAGUGGAGACCAAGUAAGAAGAAGACUGGAUCGACAGAAAGUGGGGUGAGUUAUGUGAGAACAGAAAUGAUCAAAGAGCAUAAUUCAGUGAUAGUUUCAGUCAUAAAAAGGAGGCGGCCUCUCACAUUAACAGGCAUAAUUAAUUGCAGUGUAGAUUAUAUGAAUAUUGCAUACAAAAUGUGAGAUUCCUCCUUUUUGUGACUGAAACUAUCACUGAAUUAUGCUCUUUGAUGAUUUCUGUCCUCACAUAACUAUCACCCCAUUACAUACAACCGUUAUCUGGCACUUAGCAGUUGUCUUGAGAAAAGUCCAGGAGGACUGAAACAUUGAGGUUUAUUUGUGCUAAAUAAAAGCAUUUCUACUGUACUACUAUAGUCUCCAGAGUGCACUUAACUUCUUUCCUAAACUAUGGCUGGAGUUGGCACCGGAACAUCAUUAAAGACUGGGAACUAGAGUGCUUGGAUCGUGGAAAUUUUAUAUAUAUAUAUAUAUAUAUAUAUACACACAAAUUUGUGGUCUGUACCCAAAGGCCAUAACAUAGAAGUAGUAUGUGGUGUGCGGACACAGAUAUAGCGGUAGGCCUGUAAAAUAAAGAGCGCCAAUCUAUGAAAUAUGUGUUCAGAAAUUGGGAGUGGAGGGAGGAGUGACGUGACAAGCAGACCACGAUAUGCCAAAUGGAGGAGGGUUCUGUAACUAGCUAGACUAUCCCCUCCCACAACAUCAGGCUCCCACCUUUACAUAUGUGUUUAUAUUUUAUAUAAACUCCCUGUUCUAAACCUUUAUUAUACUGCUCAAAAAUAAAUAAAAGGAACACAAAAAUAAAAUAUCCUAGAUCUGAAUGAAUGAAAUAUUCUUCUGAAAUACUUUGUUCUUUACAACAUGUGUUGAAUGUGCUGACAACAAAAUCACACAAAAAGAAAAAAAUGGAAAUCAAAUUUUUCAACCCAUGGAGGUCUGGAUUUGGAGUCACACUCAAAAUUAAAGUGGAAAAACACACUACAGGCUGCUCCAACUUUGAUGUAAUGUCCUUAAAACAAGUCAAAAUGAGGCUCAGUAGUUUGUGUGGCCUCCACGUGCCUGUAUGACCUCCCUACAACGCCUGUGCAUUCUCCUGAUGAGGUGGCGGAUGGUCUCCUGACGGAUCUCCUUCCAGACCUGGACUAAAGCAUCUGCCAACUCCUGGACAGUCUGUGGUGCAACAUGAUGUUGGUGGAUGGAGCGAGACAUGAUGUCCCAGAUGUGCUCAAUUGGAUUCAGGUCUGGGGAACGGGUGGGCCAGUCCAUAGCAUCAAUGCCUUCGUCUUGCAUGAACUGCUGACACACUCCAGCCACAUGAGGUCUAGCAUUGUCUUGCAUUAGGAGGAACCCAGGGCCAACCGCACCAGCAUAUGGUCUCACAAGGGGUCUGAGGAUUUCAUCUCGGUACCUAAUGGCAGUCAGGCUACCUCUGGCGAGCACAUGGAGGGCUGUGCGGCCCCCCAAAGAAAUGCCACCCCACACCAUUACUGACCCACUGCCAAACCGGUUAUGCUGGAGGAUGUUGCAGGCAGCAGAAAAUUCUCCACGGCAUCUCCAGACUCUGUUACAUGUGCUCAGUGUGAACCUGCUUUCAUCUGUGAAGAGCACAGGGCGCCAGUGGCGAGUUUUCCAAUCUUGGUGUUCUCUGGCAAAUGCCAAACGUCCUGCACGGUGUUGGGCUGUAAGCACAACCCCCACCUGUGGACGUCGGGCCCUCGUGGAGUCUGUUUCUGACCGUUUUAGCAGACACAUGCACAUUUGUAGCCUGCUGGAGGUAAUUUUGCAGGGCUCUGGCAGUGCUCCUCCUUGCACAAAGGCGGAUGUAGCGGUCCUGCUGCUGAGUUGUUGCCCUCCUACAGCCUCCUCCACAUCUCUUGAUGUACUGGCCUGUCUCCUGGUAGUGCCUCCAUGCUCUGGCCACUACACUGACAGACACAGGAAACCUUCUUGCCACAGCUCGCAUUGAUGUGCCAUUCUGGAUGAGCUGCACUACCUGAGCCACUUGUGUGGGUUGUAGACUCUGGUUAAUGCUACCAGUAGAGUGAAAGCACCGCCAGCAUUCAAAAGUGACCAAAACAUCAGCCAGGAAGCAUAGGAACUGAGAAGUGGUCUGUGGUCACCACCUGCAGAACCAUUCCUUUAUUGGGGGUGUCUUGCUAAUUGCCUAUAAUUUCCACCUGUUUUCUAUCCCAUUUGCACAACAGCAUGUGAAAUUGAUGGUCACUCAGUGUUGAUUCCUCAGUUUGGUUUCACAGAAGUGUGAUUGACUUGGAGUUACAUUGUGUUUAAGUGUUCCCUUUAUUUUUUUAAGCAGUGUAUAUUUUGUAAUAGUCCAUCUGCUCAUUGUGACCAUUUAUUUUUCAACAGAUGCCAUUGCAGACGGUAUGGAUGGGUUCUUCAAUUAAACUCAUCAACUUUGUGGAGGUUCCUUCUGCAUUAAACAUUCAAGGUCAGUAUAGUUCAAGGUGUCUUUACACUACUGCACUGUAAACCAAUUCUAAUUAAAAUUGCCAUAUUUAACGUCUUAAUUUCUGUGGAUUUUUACCACUUAUCUUCAUUUUUGUCACCUAUAUUUUCCAGCAUGAAAUAUUUCCCUCCCUAUGCAUUUUUUUUCCUACAUGUUUUAUUAUUUUCGAGUUACAGAAGAGGUAAAAGAAUGUAUGAAUGGGAAGCGGGCCUACUAUGUGAAAGUAUCUUUAUUCUAAGCCUUCUGUAGAGUUAAGAAUUUUUCUUUGCAGUACUCUUAAACAUAAACAAGGAAGCCAUCUUUAGUAACUUUUGUUGUUUGUUUCAGAUUUCAGACUUUUUUUUUUAUUUCUGGAUAAGCUUUUCAAGUGAUUUAAUUGUAUUGGAUACACUCAAAAUUACUUUUUUUCCCACAAUAUACUAUCAAAAUAUUAAAACAUUUUCAAAGUUUAUCCAAACAUAUAUCAAGACCUUUAUUAGAAGACUGCAAAUAGCACUUAUCAAAAUGGCAAUAGGAAGGGAACGUACACAAUAGAUAGAAGUAAUGAUAUGUUAGGAUUAAAGUUCCUUUCAUAUUUCAUUUGCCAUGACUGAAUACUUUAGCUUAGGUAUGUCAAACUCAAGGUACAAGGGCAUCAUCAGAACUAAUAUAUUGCCCACAACACUAAAAGGACAUGAAUGUUUCAGACAACGGUCUCAUUCAAAGGCUUUGUGUCUGUAAAGCAUAAUACUGUUUGUAAUUGGCAGCAUGUGCAGCUUGAUGCAAUUAACCACGUGCUGUAUACAAAAAAUAUUAAGGUGUCACAUACUGCAGAUGACAGUUUUCUGUAUAAAAAGGAACCUUGCAAAUGAUUGGUACUUGGCCUGUAAUGCACUCCCAGAGGCACAAAACAAUUUAUAACACAAAGCCUCAUAUUUUACUAUACAGAUUAUUCUCUGUGGUCUUAUAGUUGUGCCUAGACACCAUCAUUCCCACAGUGUUUUUCAUUUGUAACUGUGCCAGAGAUUACUAUAGCCCCCUUUUCAUUAAUUACCCCCAUCCUUUUUUUUUUUUUUUUUUAAUUUCCAAGAAAGAAAGGUAAAUCUGGUUUGGAGGGAAAAACCACAAUGUUCAUUUAGAAACAUAAGAGAUGCAGUCAUCAGUAGACAGAUCUAGCUGUAUCCACAUAUACUCAACCUAGUAACUCAAUCCCCCCCACACUCACCCUCAUACACAAAACACACAUUAAGACCCCACCCCAUAUAUAGUAAAUGUAUACACAUUUAUUACAUACUAUUGUGUUUUAUAUUCCUGUAGAAAAGGUUGAUGUGCCUGGUUCUAUUCGAUACUUGCGAGGGCCAGAGUUACUGAUUGUACGAUGCAAGGUACGUGUUCUGGAUCAAUGCCAAUAUGUAAAUGUGCAUACAGUUCAAUAUUGCAGAGCUUUUGACAGUGUAAGAUGCACAUUUAUUUUCCCAGUAGGGAAGUCUUAUUUAUUUAGAAUUAAACAAUAUAAUGUAAAAAAAAAUUAAAUUGUAUCAUAUCAAGGGCUUCCUUGUUGACGAAUGUUAACAUUUAUAUUUGAAGUUAUAUCAUUAAGCAGGUAACUGGUAAGUAAAGUGGUUCUGUCCGAAAUGCUAACAUCUGGCUUUAUUUGACAGGAUGGCUGGGUUGGAAUUAAAACAGUAAUUUUAAAGAAAAAAUUGUCUGCCAAGGACUUCUACAAUGGGUAUCUGCACCAGUGGUUUGUACAGAAGCCAAGUGUUCAGCUGGAGACAUGCAGGUUUCACACACUGUACCUGCCCCCCAAAGUCAAGGUUUCCAAACCGAAACAAGCAUCGCUGAGAAAUACAGUACGGUGAUGUUAUGUAUUCUUGCACUCAAUGGCUAACUGGAGAUAUUCAACUAAAUGCAGCUUUUGGAAGAGAGCACUUACAUGCCCUGGUUCAUGGUGGAAAUUGUCACAAUUGCAGGAAAAUGCUACAAGACAAAUGAACAUUUCAUACACAACUCUUAAUAUAAAAUAUAAUUUUACUUAAAAUAUCAGGGAUUAACAAUCUGCUAGUGUGCACAUUUAAGAAGGGAUUGCCAGGAGCUACAGUAUUAAAAUGCUGCCUCUCCUAAACCAGAUAGACCAUGGACAUGUUGAUUAUUUCGUGUUGACACCCAGAGAAAUCAGAUGCAAUAUGCUAUUUGGGAAGCUGUUUUAAACAAUUCAUCUGGAGUUUAAGUAAGUAAACAUUUUUAUUUAAUAAAAACAUUUUUGCAAAUCAGCAUUGUGAUCAAAGAUCUGUUUUAAAUUCCAUAAAAAUAUAUUGUAAAACAGCAGUCCUGCUGGUUUAAAUAUUAAAAUCAAGAAUUGCUCAUGUGAGACUCAAUAGAACAACUUGAUGAUGUAGAUGAUCAGGAAAUGAUCUAGGUAAGUAAAUGCAAAUACAGGGCAUACCAUUUAUAGGAAACUGUGCUUUAAAACAAGCACACAUUGUUCUGUGUAAUCAGUUUGGCUGCUCCAGUAACGUCAGGAUGGCUUUACCAACGGCAGGUACCACUGGAAGAAGAGAGUGAGAGGUAAACACGGUUCUUCAUAUAAGUCAGGGUAAAAGAUGAUGUUGGAAGCCAUUUGCAUUAUUG